AUGUGUGAAUGUGGCAAGUUUGGAAUAAACUCACCCUUGAGGUCAGCUUCUGGGUUAGCGGUGCUUCCAAAUUCGGAUCCUCUGGCAUGCUCGAAGAACACUACUUUCACUGCAAGUCACCAGCCAUGGAUUGCCCUGAUAAAAACUGGAAAAUGCUCCUACACUAAGAAGAUCAAUUCGGCCCAGCGAGAAGGAGCCUCUGCUGUGGUUAUUUACAAUGAGGACGGGACAGGCAAUGACGUUAUACUUAUGAUGUAUUCAGGUGCUGAUGAUCUAGUUGCUAUCAAUAUUGGCAAUAUUUUAGGCACACAGAUUGCUUACCUGAUCAACAAUGGUUUGGAUGUUAAUAUGACGAUUAAUGUAGCCACUCCAACUGGCGUGUGGAAGGGUACAUGGGCAUAUGUGCUGUCUUUCACUUUCAUUGGAAUAACAGCCGUCACGAUGUUCUACUUUGCAUUCCUGUUUAUGAAACGCAUGUACAUAAACCGACAACUUCGUAGGCAACAGAUGGAGAUAAAAAGAGAGACUGAAAAGGCAAUUGGAAAGUUAGAAGUGCGGACUCUACGGACAAAUGACCCGGAGGUUGAUUCAGAUGACACUGGCUGUGUGGUUUGCACUGACUCUUACCAACGUGGUGAACAAGUCACAGUUUUACCCUGCAGGCAUUUAUACCAUAAGAAAUGUAUUGAGCCAUGGCUUUUGGAACACCCCACCUGUCCUAUGUGCAAAUAUAACAUCCUCAAAUCCUCGAUUGAGGAGGAUAGCUAUGACCAGCCUUCACCAUCAUCAUCCUCUUCUUCAUCAUCUUCCUCAAAUGAUACAUUCUGUUUAGCUACAAUAACAUCAGCAGAUCAACGCAGCACAUUACAAUCAAACAUCCAAACUGAAGAAACAGCAGCUGGACAUACAUCCGACACUGUGAACUGCAACCUGGACAUUCACACUCAACACAUUUAUGAUAACCCAGGAUUUGAAGAGGAACCAGAGAUAAUCGAGCAUCAGAACAUCAACCAACAACUUUAAUACUAAACUGUGACAUAAUAUAUAUUUGAAUAUUUACAUAUUUUGACAUCUGAACAGGCACUGCACACAUAGGGCUCAACCUGCCCUUUUUAGUCUGUGAUAUAAAGUGCCCUUCCAAAGUGAACAGAAGUGGCCCCGCGAUUUACAACCACCACCACCCUGAUCUUCAGUUCUUGACAUGUUCUGCCCCGCUCAUCAGUUCUUGACAUGUUCUGCCCUGCUCUUCAAUUCUGCACAAGCCCCCUGAAAGCCUCUGCAUGGCAUCUGAAUAUCUGAAACAGCAACAUCUAUGAAAUAGAAGGACAUU